CUUGUGUUCCUUCAUUCACCGAUAUCGCUUCACCGAACCUCGUUCUUUUUUUGUGUUCCCUUGAUAGACCUAGAGGCGUGUAGGUCGUGACUUUCAUCCAUCCAUUGUUGCACUUACAAAUUUCACGGCAAGGGUUAUAACAAGCCGUCAUCCGAAGUCAUGUCUCCAUCCAAAGUAAUAAAAUUCCCCGCCGACAACCGCAUCGAGCCAGGCUCGACCGACUACGCGGCGGCUCAGUUCCCAACCAUCAAAAACACCACGGUGGACGUCGACGCCGCAGCAGAUGAGAUAGUCGACGCCUUCAACAAGGCCCUCGACGCCGGGGACGCCAACGCCGUAGCUGGCCUGUUCCUCCCGGAUGGCGCCAGCCACGGCUACUGGCGCGACCACCUGUGCCUGACGUGGGUCAUGCGCACUCUCAAGGGCCGCGGGCAGAUCGCCGGCUUCCUGGCCAACGAGAUUGCCCACGACGGCGGGGACGUGAGGCUACCCAAGAGGAUCACGGUCGACAGGAGCAGCGGCUUCAGGUCGCCCACGUUGACGGCCUUUGAGGCCUCGGGGACGCACAAGUGCAUCGGCUUUCACGUCGAGGUCGAAGCGCAGCACGGCAAGGGCCGUGGUUUGGCUCGUCUCGCCGAGGGUGAGGAUGGUAAGCUCUACAUCGCCACGCUGUUCACUUCGCUGGUCGAGAUCGAAGGCCACCCGGAGCUGGUCAGGGGUCGAAGGGUAAAGGGUGUCGAGCACAAUGGGACCCAUGACGAGCCGAACUGGAGGGAGAGGCGGGAGGCUGCUGCACGGUUUGAAGACCAAGAACCUACAGUCCUCAUUGUUGGUGCCGGACAAGGUGGCCUCUCCGUCGCAGCACGACUACAAAUGCAAGGGAUACCCACCCUGGUCAUCGACCGCAAUCCUCGCGUGGGUGACUCAUGGCGAACCCGCUACCAUCAUCUCGUCCUACACGACCCGGUUUGGUACGACCACAUGCCGUACAUACCAUUCCCAGAGCACUGGCCCGUCUUCACCCCCAAGGACAAGAUUGCAGACUUCUUUGAGUCAUACGUCAGUCUCCUCGAACUCAACGUGUGGACGGGCACGAGCCUGACCUACUCGAGUUGGGACGAGGAGAAGAGGGAAUGGACGGUGAAAUUGGAGAGGGCCGGCGAGACUAGGACGGUCCGGCCGAGGCACAUCAUCCAGGCUACCGGCCACUCGGGAAAGAAGAACUUCCCGCAGAUCAAGGGCAUGGACGCCUUUAAGGGCGCGCGACUCUGCCACUCAUCAGAGUUCCCAGGGGCAACCCCCAACUCGGCCGGGAAGCGUGCCAUCGUGGUCGGGUCGUGCAACUCGGGCCACGAUAUCGCGCAGGACUUUUACCGCAAGGGAUACGACGUGACCAUGGUGCAGCGGUCGUCGACAUGCGUCGUCGGGUCCAAUGCCAUUGUGAACAUCGGCCUGGCCGGUCUAUACGAGGAAGGCGGACCCCCGACCGAGGAUGCGGACAUCGUGUUGUACUCCUACCCGUUUGAGCAGUUCAAAGCGGCACAGCGGCCCGUCACGGCGCUGCAGAACGAGGCGGACCGCGAGAUCCUUGAGGCGCUGGAGCGGGUCGGCUUCAAGGUCGACAUGGGCCCCGACGCGUGCGGUCUUUUUAUCAAGUACUUCCAGCGCGGUGGGGGCUACUACAUAGACGUCGGGGCGAGCCAGCUCGUCGCCGACGGCAAGAUCAAGAUCAAACAGGGCUGCGAGAUCAGCGAGGUUCAGGCCGACGGGCUUCUAUUCGCCGACGGGCAGAAGCUCGAGGCCGACGAGAUCGUCUUUGCCACCGGCUACUUGAACAUGAGGGGCGAGGCCAGGGCAAUCUUUGGCGACGCCCUGGCGGACCGCGUGAACGACGUCUGGGGUUUCGACGACAAGGGCGAGCACAGGACCAUCUGGAGCAGGAGUGGACAUCCUGGGUUUUGGUUCAUGGGCGGCAACCUCGCUCUCUGUCGGUACUUUUCGAGGAUCCUGGCCCUGCAGAUCAAGGCUGCGGAGCUGGGACUGAACAAGCUAUGAAUGAAAUGGUAGGGGUUUUAGUUUUCAUGUUCUACAGUAUAUCCAGCGAAUAACAGUAGCUUCAUUCAAGCACAAUAUAUCCAACCAAUUUUGCUGCCCACUCGAGUUGUACCGAGUAUGCGG